CCCCGCCCCGCCCCUUUCCCGGCGGGACUCUCGGAGCAGCCCCGAACUGCGCAGGGCGGCCAGGGGAAUCAUACUCCAUGGGUUUGUGUGGUAAAUGAGCUUCUUGGCAUAGAAAGGAAUUAAAAAAUGAUGGCUUCAUUCCAGCGCUCCAAUAGUCAUGACAAAGUAAGGAGAAUAGUUGCAGAGGAGGGUCGUACAGCAAGAAACCUAAUAGCUUGGAGUGUUCCACUAGAAAGCAAAGAUGAUGAUGGAAAAUCUAAAUGUCAAACUGGUGGAAAAUCAAAGAGGACAAUUCAAGGCACUCAUAAAACAGCAAAACAGAACACUACAGUAGACUGUAAAAUGACAUCAUCUACAACUGGAGAUAAACACUUUGAUAAAAGUCCCACUAAAACAAGACACCCUCGGAAAGUUGAUCUAAGAGCUCGAUACUGGGCGUUUCUUUUUGACAACCUUCGCCGGGCAGUAGAUGAAAUCUACGUGACUUGUGAAUCAGAUCAGAGUGUGGUGGAAUGUAAGGAGGUGCUGAUGAUGCUGGAUAACUAUGUAAGAGAUUUCAAAGCAUUGAUUGACUGGAUUCAACUUCAGGAAAAGCUAGAGAAGACAGAUGCUCAAAGCAGACCAACUUCAUUGGCAUGGGAAGUAAAGAAGAUGUCCCCAGGACGUCAUGUGAUUCCAAGUCCGUCAACAGAUAGAAUAAAUGUAACAUCAAAUGCCCGAAGAAGCUUAAAUUUUGGGGGUUCAUCUGGCACAGGGGCUGCUCCGCGCCUGGCUCCCACAGGUGUCAGCUGGGCUGACAAGGUGAAGGCUCAUCAUACAGGCUCUGCUGCUGCUUCAGAUGUAGCACCUGCCCAGUCUUGCCCACCAGCGGCAGUGCAGAAGCCUUCCCGCAGAAAUGAACGGAAAGAUGCUGAAGGAUGGGAAACUGUUCAGAGAGGAAGGCCUGUUCGUUCACGAUCAACAGCAGUGAUGCCAAAAGCUUCAUUACCAACAGAAGCAUUAAGAUCAAAGGAUGACAGUGAUAAAGAAAAUGUACAUCUUUUGCCUGAGGAAAGUGUACAGAAAAGUGAAUUUGUUGGAGAUGAACCUUCUAAUACUAUAGAAUCUCGGCCCAAGGACCCAGUACACUCAUGUGAUCAUCCUCUUGCAGAAAAAACCCAGUUCACAGUGAGUACACUGGAUGAUGUCAAGAACUCUGGGAGUAGUUUCUUACCAGACAAUUCUGUUCCAACUUCUGAAAUACCUGCUGUUCACAUUGAUACAGAGUGUGUUUCAGUUAUUCAGCAAGCUGACACACCUUCUUUGCAAGCAAGUGAAGACAAAUUUUCAGCAGAAAAAGCAAGAAUAGAAAGUGAAAUGGAUCCUUCAGAUAUUUCAAAUGUGAGUGCUGCUAACUUGUCUAUGGCAGAAGUUCUUGCUAAAAAAGAAGAGCUAGCAGAUCGUCUAGAAAAGGCCAAUGAAGAAGCCAUUGCCAGUGCUAUUGCUGAAGAGGAACAGUUAACUAGAGAAAUUGAAGCUGAAGAAAACAACGAUAUCAACAUUGAAACUGACAAUGACAGUGAUUUUUCUGCCAGCAUGGGCAGUGGCAGUGUAUCUUUCUGUGGUAUGAACUGGAAUGAUGUCCUUGCAGAUUAUGAAGCUCGUGAAUCUUGGCGCCAAAAUACAUCCUGGGGGGAUAUUGUAGAGGAAGAACCUGCUAGGCCUCCAGGACAUGGAAUUCAUAUGCAUGAAAAACUUUCCUCACCAUCUCGUAAAAGAACAAUUGCAGAAUCUAAGAAGAAACAUGAAGAAAAACAAAUGAAAGCACAGCAGCUAAGGGAAAAGUUACGUGAACAGAAAACAUUAAAGCUUCAGAAAUUGUUAGAAAGGGAGAAAGAAGUCCGGAAGUGGAAAGAAGGGUUAUUAGACCAACGACGUAGGAUGAUGGAAGAGAAAUUACUUCAUGCUGAAUUCAAACGAGAGGUACAGUUACAAGCAAUUGUUAAAAAAGCACAAGAAGAAGAAGCUAAGGUAAACGAAAUUGCCUUUAUAAAUACCCUUGAAGCCCAGAACAAACGCCAUGAUGUUUUAUCAAAAUUGAAGGAAUAUGAGCAGAGGCUUAAUGAGUUACAGGAAGAGCGUCAGAGAAGACAGGAAGAAAAGCAAGCACGUGAUGAAGCUGUUCAGGAACGUAAGCGAGCUCUAGAAGCAGAACGGCAGGCCCGUGUAGAAGAAUUGUUAAUGAAGAGGAAAGAACAAGAAGCCCGAAUUGAACAACAGAGGCAAGAAAAGGAAAAAGCCCGUGAAGAUGCAGCCCGGGAAAGAGCUAGAGACAGGGAAGAACGAUUGGCAGCACUCACAGCUGCUCAACAAGAAGCUAUGGAAGAGCUACAGAAAAAAAUCCAGCUCAAGCAUGAUGAAAGCAUUAGGAGACACAUGGAACAGAUUGAACAAAGAAAAGAAAAAGCUGCUGAGUUAAGCAGUGGACGGCAUGCGAAUACCGAUUAUGCCCCCAAAUUAACCCCUUAUGAAAGAAAGAAGCAGUGUUCUCUCUGCAAUGUCUUGAUCUCUUCAGAGGUGUAUCUUUUUAGUCACAUUAAAGGAAAAAAACACCAGCAAGCUGUGAGAGAAAAUAGCAGCAUCCAAGGGCGUGAACUUUCAGAUGAAGAAGUGCUGAGACCAUGCAAGUACCUGGAGAAGAAUAUUCUUGGCUAUGGAAACAAGAGUCUUGAGGCAGUACCAUUCCUGAGGACUGUGAAGAACAACAUCCUGAACUCCACUCCUAUAUCAAACUGGCUCCUGGACCUCUCCACUUGUGUUUUCACCGAACACCUUUCCUUAAAGAAAUAUGUUAUUGACAUUGUGGUUGAAAGUACAGCUCCACCAGAGCCUUUGAAAGAUGGAGAAGAGCGGCAGAAAAAUAAGAAGAAAGCCAAAAAGAUAAAAGCACGGAUGAACUUCAGGGCCAAGGAAUAUGAGAGUUUAUUGGAAGCAAAAAAUUCUGGUUCGGACUCACCCUAUAAAGCAAAGCUUCAGAGGUUAGCCAAAGAUCUUCUAAAACAACUACAAGUACAAGACAGUGGCUCAUGGGCAAGCAAUAAGGUUUCUGCUUUAGAUCGGACCCUUGGUGAGGUCGCUAGAAUAUUGGAAAAAGAGAAUGUAGCAGAUCAGAUUGCAUUUCAAGCCGCUGGUGGAUUAACAGCCCUUGAACACAUUCUUCAAGUAGUGGUCCCAGUCACAAAUGUGAACCCUGUUUCACGAAUUCCUCCUAAGUCUCUUUGCAAUGCAAUCAAUGUUUACAACCUCACCUGCAAUAACUGUUCAGAAAACUGCACUGAUGUUCUGUUUAGUAACAAGAUUACCUUCUUAAUGGACCUCCUCAUACACCAGUUGACGGUUUAUGUUCCAGAUGAAAAUAAUGCUAUUUUGGGAAGAAAUACAAAUAAGCAAGUUUUCGAAGGCUUGACAACUGGACUUCUCAAAGUCAGUGCUGCGGUUUUUGGCUGCCUGAUUGCCAAUCGACCAGAUGGAAACAGCCAGCCAACUACACCAAAAAUAUCAACACAGGAAAUGAAAAGCAAACCCUCACAAGGUGAUGCUUUUAACAGUCGAGUUCAGGACCUCAUCAGCUACGUGGUGAACAUCGGUCUGAUCGACAAGCUUUGUGGCUGCUUCCUCUCGGUGCAAGGCCCAGUGGAUGAGAAUCCCAAGAUGGCUACGUUUCUGCAGCAUGCCGCAGGACUCUUACAGGGAAUGUGCACACUUUGCUUUGCUGUCACCGGAAGGUCUUACAGCAUAUUUGAUGAUAAUCGCCAGGAUCCCACAGGGCUGACAGCUGCUCUUCAGGCCACAGACCUGGCUGGAGUUCUGCACAUGCUCUAUUGCAUCCUCUUCCACGGCACAAUCUCGGACCCCAGCACUGCCAGUCCCAAGGAGAGUUACGCUCAGAACACAGUCCAAGUGGCCAUCCAGAGUUUGCGUUUCUUCAACAGCUUCGCAGCUCUUAAUCUGCCUGCUUUCCAGUCUAUCGUAGGGGCAGAGGGCUUGUCCCUCGCGUUCCGGCACAUCGCCAGCUCCCUGCUGGGCCACUGCAGCCACGUCUCCUGUGAAAGCCUCCUUCAUGAGGUCAUCGUCUGUGUGGGCUACUUCACUGUCAACCACCCAGAUAACCAGGUCAUCGUGCAGUCCGGCCGCCACCCCACGGUACUGCAGAAGCUCUGUCAGCUGCCCUUCCAGUAUUUCAGUGACCCACGGCUGAUCAAAGUGCUCUUCCCGUCACUUAUCGCUGCUUGUUACAACAACCUUCAGAACAAGAUCAUUCUGGAGCAAGAGAUGAGCUGUGUUCUACUGGCCACGUUUAUUCAGGAUUUUGCACAGACUUCAGGUCAGGCAGAUAACCAGUCUUAUCAGCCCAAAGGAAAAUGCCUUGGUUCCCAAGACUAUCUCGAACUGGCUAACAGAUUUCCUCAGCAGGCCUGGGAAGAAGCUCGACAGUUUUUCUUAAAAAAAGAGAAAAAAUAAAGGUUUUGGUUGGUUGUGUGUUUGAGUACCCUCAUUAAUAUUUUAAAUUGUUCAAAACACUGUAACUACUCCUUAAGAAGUUCAUUUUCACAUGUUUAUACUCUGUAGAUAUGGUAUAUACUUUACGCUAUUUAUAAAGACUGUAGAUACUUUAAUGUUCUUUCUAAUUCUGUGAGUUUAUUUCAUUUAUGCACAAUAGUUUGGAGUUUGGUAACUUACAUCCUAUGAUAAUAUAUACUUUGCAUUUGUAAUAUGGGUGAAAUUAGACAAAAAGUUAGCAAGUCUGUUUUGUUCUUGUAAUAAAAUAACUUAUUCUGUU